ACAAAUCAAAUUUUAUAUGCUGAUUCUAAUUGACCUUUUUCUCGCUGACUCACUCUGUUCACCUUCCUCACUCUCUCUACGGUUAGUCCCAGUGGCUUCAGAGGGACACUUGUCUGCAAUAAAGGGCGCCAAAGUGCUUUUGGUUGGAGCUGGUGGUAUCGGCUGUGAGCUGCUUAAGACUCUCGCUUUCUCUGGCUUUCAAGAUAUUCAUAUUGAUGACAUAUUGUCUUGAACAUGUUGCCAAAAAGAUGCUUCUUAUGCCAGUGGAACCUUUUGAACCAAACAAGUCCUGCUAUGUUUGUUCUGAGACACCACUAUCUCUUGAGAUUAAUACUCAUCACUCAAAGUUGCGGGAUUUUGUGGCAAAGAUUGUUAAGGCCAAGCUUGGUAUGAACUUCCCAUUGAUUAUGCAUGGUUCAAACCUUCUUUAUGAAGUUGGUGAUGAUCUUGAUGAAGAUAUGGUAGCAAAUUAUGCUGCCAAUCUUGAGAAGGUGCUAUCUGAGCUUCCUUCUCCAGUUACUAGUGGGACAAUGCUCACCGUGGAGGAUCUUCAACAGGAGUUGGUUUGCAGUAUCAAUAUCAAACAUAGGUUUGCAUUUACUUUGAAAAGGGAUGAAUUUGAUGAAGAAAAGGAGCCGGAUGGAAUGGUUCUAUCUGGAUGGAAACAAGCUCCUCCGGUGGCCAGAAAUGAUGGGAGCACAUCAAAUGCACCGGAAGCAGAAGUUGUGGAGGCUGAGGUGGAUGAAAUUUCAGAACCUUCAGGGAAGAAACGUAAAUUAUCCGAAGUGAAUGUUCCAAAUGGUGCUCAUGGUAUGAAAGAGCUUGAUGGAGACAAAGACCAUGAUGAUGAUCUGGUAAUGCUCGAUGAUUUGGCUUCAGUCACCGAAAAAAAGAAAAGAUUGCCAUAGUUGUGGUGGUGGGAAUAAACUUUUGACUGUGGAAGACUUAAAAAUUCCUAAUUCUGUACCAUAAAGUGUUACUUACUAGGUUACAAGAGAGUAUCUUGUGAGUGAAAAUAUCUAGUUGAGCUGUAAAAGUGGGGGCAUCGAAUUAACAAAGAGGGUAUGAAUUCAAAAACGGUUAACGGUAUAUCAAGAUUAAACUCUUGACUUAUUUGAUAUAGUAGUUAUGAAAUCAGUUAUUGGACUCGA